UCUCUCUCUCUCCUGCUGAAGUAGCUGUGCCCCUCUCACCGCUAUAUAGCGGAUCUUCAAGAGCACGUCGACCAGAACAUGGCGCAUCAAGAGCACGACAACGUGGACCAUGACCACAACAACGUCGACGAGCAUGAGCAUGACGGCGCAAUGGAGGAUGACGUCGAUGCACACGGCGGUGGCCAGGAUCAGCACGAGCACGAGAUGGAGGUCGACGCGUGUGAUCAAGACCAAGAGAUGGCUGAGGGUGAGAAUCCCAGGCCAGGUGCGAGGGAGGGUGAGGUUCCUCCUGCACCGAACACACACGGUGGUGUCUCGCCUGAUGGUGUUGCCUGUGGCUGCUGUGCCUGUGGCUGCUGUGCCUGUGGGUGGUGUGCGUGUAGCUAUGCCUCAUGACGUCCCUCGCACGUCCCGUGACGGCAAGGAUGUCAACCCACAUGGGCACGACGGCGCCAGUCUACAGAGACACCCAGUUCGCAGACAGGCGCGUCAUGACGUGUGAUGUGUGCCAACGUUUGUGCAUAUCUGUGUGGGACUGGUCGAUUG